AUGCAGUUCUCACUCUCGGCCAUUGUCCUUCUGGGGAUUAGCAGUCUGGUCUCUGCUUCCUUGACAAUCACUAUCCCCUCCUCCGGCCCUCUGCCUAACCCGCACGUCCUCCCCGCAACCAGCCAUGCCACUCUCACCACUCUCCCCUCGUCUGCGAAAGACCAUAUUCUCUCGGCCUCGCUGACUCGGGCUGCGACAUUUGUCUUUGAACUUCCCACCUCUGCGACUGCGGAGUCUUAUCUCCUCGACAUUCGCUCUGCGGGUGGGUAUGUCUUUGCCCCCUACCGCGUGGAUGUUGCGGCGGAUGGAUCUGUCCUGGGGAUCUGGGAGACUUUCCGGGGAAACCCGUGGGACAACCGGGGUGCAGAGAAGUAUGUGGUGGAUGUGGCUGGCAAGAAGCCGGAUGAUGUCGUCGUGGAGGCCAAGGUCGUGGGCCGCAAGGCCUUCUAUGAAGAGCGUGCCAAAUUCUCUCCAUUGAGUCUGGUCAAGAACCCUAUGGUCUUGCUUGCAGUGGUUGCUCUUGGUCUCAUGUUUGUCAUGCCCAAGCUCAUGGAAAACAUGGAUCCGGAAAUGCGCGCAGAGUUCGAGCAGCACUCUCGCUCCUCUCCCAUCACCGGUGCCACGAGCAAUGCCAUGGCUGGUGGUGGCUUCGACCUGGCCGGUUGGAUGGCCGGUACAACUGCUCCGAGUCCUGCCGCCAACGAUGCGCCUCAAAGUGGCGCAUCCGGCAGAGAUACCAGCGGUUCGACUCGGAGGCGAGGAUAG